AUGUCUGACAACAAGGCCACCAACAUUACUUUCCACGCCGGUAACGUUACCCGUGAGGAGCGUGCUCAGUUCUUGAAGCAGCAGGGUUUGACCAUCUGGUUCACCGGACUCUCCGCCUCCGGAAAGUCCACCGUCGCUGUCGCUCUCGAGCAGCACCUCCUCCACCUCGGUGUCGCUGCCUACCGUCUCGACGGUGACAACAUCCGCUUCGGUCUCAACAAGAACCUCGGUUUCUCCGAGGCCGACCGUAACGAGAACAUCCGCCGUAUUGGUGAGGUCGCCAAGUUGUUCGCCGACUCCUGCCAGAUCGCUCUUACGUCCUUCAUCUCCCCCUACAAGGCGGACCGUCAGCAGGCUCGUGAGCUCCACGAGAAGGAGGGAUUGAAGUUCAUUGAGGUUUACAUUGAUGCUCCUCUCGAGGUUGUCGAGAAGCGUGAUCCUAAGGGUCUUUACAAGAAGGCUCGUGCUGGUGAGAUCAAGGACUUCACUGGUAUCUCUGCUCCUUACGAGGCCCCUGAGAAGCCUGAGAUCCACAUCCGCACCGACGAGAACAGUGUUGAGGACUCUGUCCGUAUCAUUACUGAGUACUUGCAGAAGGAGGGUUUGUUGCAGAUCAAGAACUAGAUCAUGGGGACGAUGGACAAAAAUGUACGUUAGAGGUUAGAAUGAGGUAAAAGGUGCGGUGGGUUCAGCAAAAAACACAGUUCAAUUUCACAAGAAUGCU